AUGGCUCUUUCAGAAACAGAUACCCAGGCGAUAUCGCUCUUUGAGCAAGCCAUGGAGAAGGAGCAGCAUGGACUGAUGUCUGACGCUGUAGGCUUCUACAGACAAGCAUUUAGACUCAACGAACAAGUGGACCGUCUUUACCGUCAGGAAAGGGUUCCUCAGGCAAUUCAAAAGCUCAAGGAUCAGCAUGGUAAGAACGCUGGUCAUAAGGUCGAUGAGGAAGCGGUCAAGAAGAUUAAGGUGGACGAGUUGCUAGAGCUGUGGGAACACCACGAGGCCCAGGCACCAAGUGCAGAUGACCCUGAGCACUGGAACGAUACUGAUGUGGUUGUUAAAAUCGAUAAUUUGGCCUUGAACGCCCCUGACGAAGAGGUGGCUCCUCUUAUACACCUUCCUGGCGAGAUCUGGGUCCAUGUAUUGGGUAUCUUGCUUCAAACUCAUCCUGAGCUGUGGUUCCAUUUUGGCAUGACUUGCAAGAGACAUGCAUACUUUGCAUUUGCAUCCUCUGCUCUCUGGGAAAGACUCUGUUACUUGAUUUAUCCGUAUCAGAGACAUGAGACAGCGGCAAUGAACGAUCCGAAAGAACUAUACGCCCGUAGUGGUUCCUGGAAGAAGGUGCUUCGAGAAAACCCUUUUGUGAAGUUCAUGGGCUGCUACAUUAGCGUGGUGAAUUAUUACACGGAAGGUGGAAGAGGUGAGUAUUCUUUAAGCUGGACCAAUCCGGUGAAGACCAAUACCUACUACCGUUAUAUCAGGCUAUACCCUGAUGGCGUAUGUCUCAUGGCAUUGACGGCGUUAGAUCCCACUAAGGUUGUCUCGCAGUUGCUGAAAAGUAACACCAACAAAUGCAUUAUGGAAACUAAGGAAGUUCCACUCCAUUUCAACCCUUCAACGCAUCCGCAUAAAAUAUUUACUGGAGGAUGGAGCAUUAAGCUGAAUGGUGAGCUAGAAAUUCGUAUAAAUCACGGUUCAGUUCCUUAUUACGUUUUCUACUAUUACUACAAUAUCAGGAAUAUUGGCAAUAAGCCAAACUAUAGUAAGUUGUCUUGGGCGAGGUACUUUGCCGUUGAAAAGACCUCAGGCGAAUAUACUCCAACAGGUGACGAAGUGAACUUUUCGUUGAAGAACGAGAAAUCGUUUAAGUUCUCCAGAGUCAAGUCGUACACGGAUGAGCUUUGA